UGCAACCUCCACAACGAGAAAUUUGAACUCUUUUAGAAUGACCACCUCUAAGCUUUUGUCCCCAUUCCUCCUCCUCCUCCUCCUCCUCCUUGCCAUUACUGUAAAAUCAGACUUCAAUCCAACACUUUCCUGCGCCCAAACACCAUUUCCUGAACUCUGCAAUUCCAUGGUCAGCACUGCUAACCUGGCCAAAGAGAAUGCUAGACUCAGUCUCCGAGACACGGCGAUCCGAGCAACGAUAGCCAGAGCAGAGCUAGCCCACCUGAUCGCUUCAAAGAUUGAUGCUUUGUCCUUCCACCGGACCGCAAGGGCUGGCUGGGCUGACUGUCUCGAGCUCUGCGAGGACACCAUCGCACAGCUCUACCGCUCUCUAUCUAACACCUCUUCUCACGAAGAUUCCCAAACCUGGUUGAGCGCCGCCGCCGCCAACCAGCAGACUUGCCAAGACGGCUUUUUUGAGCUCAAUUCCUCCUUCGAUCUUCACUCCUCCCCAUUCUUAUCCUACAACAUCUCCAACGCCGUUAGCAAUCUGCUCGCCAUUAACAAAGCAACGGCGGCCGCGAAAUCCGCCGGGGGAAACAGAAAGCUGCUUUCUGACGGUGGAAGCCGAUUUCCGGCUUGGGUUUCUGCGGCGGACCGGAGGCUUCUUCAGUCGUCGGCGGUGAAAGCUGAUAUUGUGGUGGCGAAGGAUGGGUCGGGGAACUAUAAGACUAUUUCUGAAGCUGUGGCCGCCUCCGCUAAACAGAGAAGCGGGAGUUCGAGGUUUGUGAUACAUGUUAAAGCUGGUAUAUAUAACGAACAAGUUGAAAUCAAAUCGUCGAUGAAGAAUUUGAUGAUCGUCGGUGAUGGAAUUGAUAAGACCGUCGUCACCGGAAGCAAGAAUGUCGUCGAUGGCUCCACCACCUUCCGCUCUGCAACUUUCGCUGUAGUUGGUAGCGGAUUCAUCGCACGUGACAUCACCUUCCAAAACACGGCGGGUCCUCAGAAACAUCAGGCGGUGGCUCUCCGAUCGGGCUCCGACCUCUCCGUCUUCUACAGCUGCAGCUUCAAGGGAUAUCAAGACACCCUCUACGUCUACAGCCAGCGCCAGUUCUACCGCAACUGCGACAUCUACGGCACCGUCGACUUCAUCUUCGGUGACGCCGCCGUUGUCUUUCAGAACUGCAACAUCUUCGCCCGCAAGCCCAUGAGCGGCCAGAAGAACACCGUCACCGCACAGGGCCGUACUGAUCCCAACGAGAACACCGGAAUCUCUAUCAUCGACUCUGUCAUCGCAGCCGCCUCCGAUCUCACCGGAAGCUCCGUCAAGAGCUACCUCGGCCGCCCAUGGAAGCAAUACUCGAGAACGGUUAUAAUGAAGACAAACAUAGGGAGCCUCAUCGAUCCCGCCGGCUGGCUCGAGUGGAGCGGCAAUUUUGCUCUCUCGACGCUGUACUACGGCGAGUAUUUGAAUUCCGGCGGCGGGUCAAGCACUGCAGGCCGGGUGAAGUGGCCGGGAUACCAUGUCAUCACCAGUGCUUCGGAGGCCGGAAAGUUCACCGUUGGCAACUUUAUUUCCGGCGAUUCAUGGAUUCCGGCCACCGGCGUUCCGUUCACCUCCGGGCUUUAAUUUGAUUGGUUAUUGGCUUAUUGCACUCUACCGAUUCCGUGAUUGAUUGUACUUCCCUUCGUUUUUGUUUACUUUUUAGUGGUGUGAGUAAAUCAGUUCAUAUUUUUAUAAGGAAGAUUUACGUA